GCCUAGCCGUAACCCCAAAACUUUGCCGCUCGAGGCCAAUAAUCCAGCGGCCAAGAGGCGCCUGUUGAACCUUUAGCGCCUUUCUAACUGCCCUCCAACUUUUCACCCGCAGCACUGCUCGCCGCCAGAACAGAUAUCAAAACCCAUUCAGCCAUCGUUUCUUCACCACAACACUCUCAAAACUCCUAUCGAGCGAUCAAAAUUGUCGCACCGAUCCAGCGAUCACAAUGGCGGGCGGGGACCACGGCUCCGAGGCAGUCGGCACACCUGAGCCUGUGAUCAAGGGCUUCGCCACGCUCACGCAACUUCAGAUCGGUGUGAAAGUCGUUGCGGAAAAGUGUCAACAGAAUGGCGAGCCGAGAAAAGCCGAGAUCCUCUCGAUCAAGCAGAGAAAUGGAUUGUUAACAUUCUACGUUCACUAUGUUGAAUUCAACAAGCGUCUUGACGAAUGGAUAGCAGCAGACCGUAUCGACCUCUCACAAGAGGUGGAAUGGCCUGCACCCGAAAAGCCCGAGAAGAAGAAAACCACCGUCACGACAAAAGCGCCGUCGACGAAAGCCGCCCAGGCAAAAUCCAUCACAACAACGAAAACUACCGGUCGACCGCGGACAGACUCCAGACCCGGAUCCGCGACACCAGACCUUCUCACAUCCAAAGCCGGAAACGACCGCAAACGUCCUGUCCCGUCCAAGGCCGGCGGCAAAGAGAACCGCGAGGAGGAAGAUGGCGAUCCGUCUUUCGCACAGGCAGGCACACCGCUGGCCACUCUCAGCCAUGAAGACAGCAACGAGAUCCCCGCUGGCGGGGAUGUCGAGAUGACGGACGUUACGAAGACGGAAGAAAAAGUUGCGCCCAUCAUGGAGCCCGAAGAGGAAAUCGAGAAGCUUCGCACCGGAGGCUCGAUGGUGCAGAAUCACGCUCAACUCCAUCUUGUCCGAAAUCUGGAGAAGAUCCAGAUGGGCAAGCACAUCAUCGAGCCGUGGUACUUUUCGCCGUACCCACAAGAAUUCUCGGAUGUGGACAUGGUGUACGUCGACGAGUUCUGCCUGUCGUAUUUCUCUUCGAAAAAGGCCUUCGAGCGACAUAGGUCGAAAUGCGAGUUGCGUCACCCGCCUGGCAACGAGAUCUACCGUGACGACUUUGUGAGCUUCUUCGAAGUCGAUGGUCGACGGCAGCGCACGUGGUGUCGCAACUUGUGUCUGUUAUCGAAACUGUUUCUCGACCACAAGACGCUGUAUUAUGAUGUCGACCCCUUCUUGUUCUACUGCAUGGUUACGCGAGACGAGCAUGGGUGUCAUCUCAUCGGAUAUUUCAGCAAGGAAAAAGAAUCGGCCGAAGGGUACAAUGUGGCGUGUAUCCUGACGCUGCCGCAGUAUCAGCGACAGGGUCUGGGAAGACUGCUUAUCGCCUUCUCGUACGAGCUGAGCAAGCGUGAAGGCAAGCUCGGAUCGCCGGAGAAACCUCUUUCAGAUCUCGGGUUGCUGGGAUACAGGCAGUAUUGGAAAGAAAUCCUAGUGGAACUGCUUUCGGAUCCUGCAAGGUUGCCGCCACCAGGAUCAGCGAGCCAUACACCGUCGUCUGAGCAUCUGCAUCCACACUCGAGUUUAGGCUUCCCGACGCCUUCGUCGCAGUAUUCCUCAAGUAUUGCGGAGAUUGCGAGUCUGACGGCUAUGACGGAAAAGGAUGUCCAUGAACAACUUGAGGUCCUGAAAUUGCUGCGCUACCACAAAGGUGCGUGGAUCAUCGUCGUUCGAGAUGAGUUACUCGAAUGGCAGGAGAAGCGUCGAGAGAAGGAGAAACUCAGAGGGGCCACCAGGAGGAUUAAUCCGAGCAAGUUGCAAUGGAAGCCGCCCGUCUUCACAGCUAGCAGCCGGACGUGGAAUUGGUAGGCCUUCUCAGCUCAACGGGAGAGAUGACUUGGAGAUAGUGUCCUUUCAGCGAGGCGUUGGCGGUAUUUUGAGGAUUGCUUCAACAUCUUUUGCGAGCUUCC